AUGAUGAAAGCCGUCGUCGUCGAAAAGUACGGACCAGUUGAAAAUCUCGUACCCCGAACAGUCCCCGAUCCAGGGGAACCAAAGGGUCGCGAUUUGUUAAUACAGGUAGAGGCCUGCUCGGUGAACCCCAUCGACGUCAAAGUCCGCGCUGGCAAAUACGAUGACUAUCCAGACUACUACGCCCGCGUCCCCGGGCAGUACCAAAUCUGCGGCUACGACGGCGCAGGCACCGUCCUCAAAACCGGCCUCGGGUGCUCCCUCUUCCACGCAGGCGAGGAAGUCUUCUACUCCGGCAGCCCGGUACGCCACGGCUCAAACGCCGAGUUCCAGCUCGUAGAUGAGCGCUCUGUCGGGCAUAAACCGCGAUCGCUAGAUAUGGGGCAGGCGGCUGCGAUGCCGCUGACGUAUGUCACUGCGUACCAGGCGCUUGUGGAGCAAUUGAAGAUUGAGAAGGGGGAGAGGGCGGCUGUGUUUAUUAUUAACGGCGCUGGUGGUGUUGGGGCUGUGGCGAGCCAGAUUGCGAGAUGGGUUCUGGAGUUGCCGGUUGUUAUUACGACUGCGUCGAGGGAGGAGAGUGUGCAGUUUACGAAGAGGAUGGGGGCGACGCAUAUUUUGAAUCAUAGGGAGGAUUUGAUAAGGCAGGUGCAGGAUUUGAAGCUGGAUGUUCCGGUUAAGUAUAUAUUUAUCACGCAUACGACAGACGAGUAUAUGGAUACGUGCGCUAGGAUCUGUGCGCCGUUCGGUAAAGUAUGCUCCAUCGUGCAAGGGCAAGCCAGGAUGUAUGGGACGGAGUUCAUGGCCAAGUCUCUGUCUUUUAUAUGGUGUCUUAUUGGUACCAACCCGGUCUAUGGAGUGGAUGUAGACUCCCACCAUCGUAUCCUGGAGGAGCUGCGUGAACUACUGGACUCGGGGAAGAUACAAUGCCAUUUGACCAAGCGACUGGGCUUGACACUAGAUGGUAUUCGUGAAGCACAUCGAGCGACGGAGAAAGGGGGGAAUAUUGGGAAAACUGUUCUUACGCGUGGUGAUGCAGGUGGUGCUGAGCUGUUUGUAUAG